UAUGAUAUGUAGGGGUUUUGUCGUGUUAGAGAGAGAGAUGAACUCGAGCUUCCCACGUGCAAUCCGUUCAACGAUUUCACCAUCUUCUCUGGUCUUCAAACGCCCAAAACCACCUUUCUUCGCUGCUUUAAGUCGAUCCAUUUCGGUUUCAUCAAUGCCCACUUCUCCCAAUCCUCAAAUUCCUCUGUUUCUUAGGCCUCCAAAGUUCUCUUCUACUCUGUCAGACCUCCAAAAAUGGCAAGAGUGGGCUAAAAGCAUCGCCCUCUCAGUUGGGUCCAAGUUCGUCGACAUUGACAACGGACCCGAUACCAUUCUCUUGUGUAGAGAGCUCAAAUGGCUACUAGAAGAUGCAGUUGAGGAUAAAUCCACAGUACCCGAACUGGGUUCUGCUAAAAAUGGCAGAUUGGUAAGAUUAAAGGCGGAUAUAGAAGAGCUUUACGUUCUAUGGAAGCAGAGAAUUGAAGAAAGGAGGCCGUUUCAGUAUAUAGUGGGAUGCGAACACUGGAGGGAUUUGAUUUUGAGCGUUCAAGAAGGGGUUUUGAUUCCAAGGCCUGAAACUGAACUGAUUGUGGAUUUGGUGGGUGAGGUUGUUUUGGAAAAUAAAGGCUUGGGAGAUGGAAUAUGGGCAGAUUUGGGAACUGGAAGUGGAGCAAUUGCUAUAGGAAUUGGGAGGAUUUUGGGUAGUGGAGGAAAGGUCAUUGCGACGGAUUUAAGCCCAGUGGCAGCCUCAGUUGCCGCGUACAAUGUGGAGAGGUAUGAGUUGCAGGACAAAGUUGAGAUAAGACAAGGAUCUUGGUUUGAACCUCUGGAUGAUGUAAAAGGUGCACUAGUGGGACUUGUGAGUAACCCACCAUACAUACCAAGUCAUCUGAUCCUUGGGUUGCAAGCUGAAGUUGGUAAACAUGAACCAAGACUUGCACUGGAUGGGGGUGAGAAUGGCAUGGAUGAUCUUCUCCACCUUUGUAAAGGAGCUGCUUUGAUGUUGAAGCCUGGUGGAUUCUUUGCUUUUGAGACAAAUGGUGAAAAGCAGUGUGAAUUCCUUGCAGAUUUCUUGACAAACAAACUAGAAACUAGUUUCCACAAUGUGAAAGUAGUAUAUGAUUUUGCAGGUAUCCAACGGUUCGUCACUGGAUUCCAUAAUUGAACAUCAAGUAUGAGCAAGAUAAUGGUGUGAAUGUUAUCAUUUCCAUCGAAUGGUUCUCCGUUUUUCUGCAAUAUCAUUUAUAAAUUAUAAAUUGGAUUCUUUACUAUACUCCAAA